AUGAGUUCCAACAAGCAAAUUACAGCGGUCAAGCUAGUGCUUCUUGGAGAGGCAGCUGUAGGAAAGUCUUCCUUGGUUUUACGUUUUGUCAGCAACGAUUUCCAGGAAAAUAAAGAACCCACUAUCGGAGCAGCCUUUCUGACACAACGGUGCACAAUUGGAGAUAAGACCAUCAAGUAUGAGAUAUGGGAUACCGCUGGUCAGGAAAGAUUUCAGUCACUUGCUCCCAUGUAUUACCGUAACGCACAAGCUGCACUAGUGGUGUAUGAUGUGACAAAACCGAAGAGCUUCAUCAAGGCCCGCCAUUGGGUCAAUGAAUUACAUGAACAGGCAUCCAAAAACAUCAUAAUUGCUCUUUGCGGCAACAAAUACGAUAUUGUCGAGUCAGAGGAUAACGAUGUUUCGACAGAGAAUGAAGAUGAUGAUUCCCGUAAACGUAAGGUCAGUGUACAAGAGGGUCAGACCUUGGCGGAUGAUGAAGGUCUAUUGUUUUUUGAGACCUCGGCAAAGACAGGAUUUAACGUUAAUGAAGUAUUCACCACUAUUGGAAAGCAUAUUCCAGAAGCCACUAGCUCUGAAAAUGCUGCUGGUCAGGAAAGAGUUGAUCUUACAAAUAGACUGGAUAGUUCUUCUACGGAAUCAACCUGUCAAUGUUAG